UCUUGCUUGUAUUAUAAUUUUGAGAAACUGAAUUUUCCAUCCUCUUUAGACAAUCUGUUCAUUCAUCUCUACACGGAAGCUUUAUAUGGCGAAAAUGUUAAUCCCGUGGAGGCUAAUUCCACUCGAUUUCCCUAUGUCGUUGGAAUUGUUAAACUCAAGGAUAUACCUCUAAACAUACAGAGAGAUUACGAAUGUGUGGGUACCCUCAUAUCAAUGCGAGACGUUUUAACAAGUGAGCAUUGCUUUUAUGGCGCAAUCGUCGAAGGUAUUAAGAUACUCGUGGGCUCGAUUAAGUUGAGCCAAGCUACACAAUUCUCCCCAGAAUGGUGGAUAAGUUAUAACAAAUGGGCUGUAGUUAAUGGUAUAGAUACUCAACAUUACGACAAUGACAUCGUUGUAAUAAGGUUAUUAGAAGAGGUACGUGGCGAAACGAAUGCACGAAUUGCAAUGCUUUCUUAUAGUUUUCUGCCAUUACGUGGAACAAACGUUGAAAUAGUAGGUUGGGGCAUAUUAAAUAAUAGAAAUAUGUCGGAUGUUCUGCAAAUUGCUGCUACGGAAAUCUUAGCUAACGAUGCUUGUGGAGAUAGAGUUACUGCACUUGAUGGAGACAGAGUUACUUUUGAUAGCCGAUACAUAUGCACUUAUACAGAGCCUUGCAUCUUAUUACAAUUUGGAGACAGUGGUGGACCGCUUAUACAUAAUAAUGAAGUUGUUGGUAUUAAUAUAGGAACGUGUCCCGUCUUAGAUGUUGUCAUUCAUCCUGCAAAAGUAAACAUUCAUCUUGCUACGAGGUAUUAUAAACGAUUUAUACAAGAUAUUGUAUACGAGUAUUUAUAA